CUACUGUACAUGUACUAAUCUCUAAUCUCCAACAUAUGAACAAAAAGUUAAGCAGUAUCUGUAGAUAGAGCUGCAUAUGCAAAUGCUGUGAUCUGAUUUGUGCGUUGACUUUAUAAUCAUAUAAAGUUUGUUCACCAGUUACCCAACGAAUCCCUUUGCUCUUCAUUCUAAUCCAUCAUCGCCCAUGUCUUACUACCAAUCAGCAGAAAGAAUCCCCGAUCCAUCAUGGAAGUACGAUGUGUUUUUCAGUUUCCGAGGCCAAGACACUCGCCACGGAUUCACCUCACAUCUCUAUGACGCUUUGAGGAGAGCUGGGAUUUAUGUUUUCAUUGACGAUGAGGUGGUGCUUGGGAGAGGAGACCAGAUGACAUACACACUGAUUCAAGCAAUCGAAGCUUCUAGACUUUUUGUUGUUAUUUUGACAGAAAGUUAUGCUGGUUCUAGAUGGUGUCUGGACGAGUUGAUGAAAAUAAUGGAGUGUAGAAGCACUAUAGGUCAAACUGUCAUUCCGGUAUUCUACAAUGUUGAUCCCGAAGAUGUACGCCACCAGAGUGGUCCUUUUGAAGAAGCUUUUCAAAGUCAUAGAUUCUCAUAUGAGAAUGAGAUAGUCCACGCAUGGAGGGCUGCGCUCACUGAAGCUGCUAAACUUCCUGGAUUUCUAAUCACUAGAAACAGUAAUGAAGUUGAAAUUAUCGGAGAGAUUGUUGAACAUAUAACUACUCUACUUGCUUCGGAAGACUUGUUCAUCGCAAGGCAUCCAGUGGCAGUGCAAUCUCGCACGGAAGAUGUGAUUCAACAGUUACAUUCGCAUAAACCAGAAGAUGUCGUGUUAAUGGGGAUAUGGGGGAUGGGAGGAGUGGGUAAAACAACUAUUGCGAAAAGUGUUUAUAAUCAAAUUCGUCACGAUUUUGAUAGGCCAAUGUUCCUCCCAAACAUUCAGGAGAUGUGGGAGAAUAACCAACAGGUUUUUCUGCAAGAACAGUUAUUGAAUGGUAUUUGCAAAGCACAGAUAAACAUACAAAACAUCGCAUCAGGAGUAGCUUUAUUAAGGGAAAAACUUCGCCUGGAAAGCGUAUUUCUUGUACUUGAUGAUGUAAAUAAUAUAGACCAGUUGAAUGCCUUGUGCGGUAGUCGAGAAUGGUUUGGUGCAGGGAGUAUAAUAAUCAUCACAACAAGAGAUAGAAAUCUGCUUCAUAUGAUUGGAGUUGAUUAUGUGUACCAAAUGACAGAAAUGAAUUACGAUGAAGCUCUUGAACUUUUUUGUUGGAAUGCAUUUGGGAAAGCAACUCCUUUAACAGAGUUUGCUAGACUUGCAGAUGAUGUAGUUAAAUAUUGUGGGGGAUUGCCAUUGACCCUUAAACUAAGUGGUAGUCAAUUGUUUGGAAAGAUGAAAGACGAGUGGGAGAAUGUAUUAGGUCGACUGAAAGGGUCUUCCCCUAAGGAUAUAUUAGAUGUUUUGAGACUAAGCUUUGAUGCCUUAGAUGAUGACAAACAGAAAGAAAUAUUUCUUGACAUAGCUAGCUUUUGUAUUGGCAUGGAAAGGGAGGAGGUACUGAAAACACUAAAUUAUGGCUUUGGAAUUAGAGAACAUGGAAUUAGUUUCCUUGAAGAGCGGAAUUUUAUAAAAUUUGAUGAGAAAGACAGAGUUCAAAUGCAUCCUUUGCUGCGAGAGAUGGGAAGAAAUAUCGUUCGAGAGCAAUCACAAACUGAUGCUCCGCGAAGGAUUUACGAUGUUUUCGUGAGUUUUCGAGGCAAGGACACUCGUACAACGUUUACAUCACAUCUCCAUACAUCUCUCCAAAAUGCUGGAAUUGCUGCUUUCAAGGAUGAUGAUGAUGUUGAUGGACUUCAAAGGGGAGAACGGAUUUCAAUUGCAUUGUUAAAAGCAAUUGGAUUGUCUGCAUGUUCUGUCGUUGUUUUCUCAACCCACUAUGCUGAUUCAAAAUGGUGCCUGCAAGAGCUUGAGAAUAUCAUGGUAUGCCAUAGAACAAAAGGUCAAGUGGUUUACCCUAUAUUCUAUGAAGUAGAUCCCUCAGAUGUACGUUAUCAAAAGAAAGAGAGUGACUUUGGGAAAGCUUUUGAAAGUCUUAUAAGUCGAAGAUCAGUUGAAGAAGAUAAGGUGCAAAGUUGGAGAACAGAUCUUCGUGAAGUUAGUAGCUUUUCAGGGACGACUGUGAUCAACUCCAGGAAUGAAAGUGAAGAUAUCAAAAGAAUUGUUGAACACGUUACUCGUUUAUUAGAUAAGACAGAGUUGUUCGUUGCAGCACAUCCAGUGGGAGUAGAACCUCGUGUGCAAAAGUUGAUUGAAGAAUCAAACAUUCAAAAGACAAAAGAUGUUCUGAUACUUGGGAUAAAAGGCAUGGGGGGCGUUGGUAAAACGACUAUUGCCAAAGCCAUCUAUAACAAAAUUGGUCGCGAUUUUGAUGGCAGGAGCUUCCUCCUUAACAUUAGAGAAACAUGGCAGCAAGAUAAUGGAAAGGUUCUCUUGCAACAGCAACUUCUUGAGGAUAUAUUCAUUGCAACAAGGAUACACAUACGUAACAUUGAUUCAGGGAUGCAAAUGUUAAAGGAAAGGCUUGGUGCUAAAAGGGUACUCAUUGUGCUUGAUGAUGUGACUGAUUUGGACCAACUCAAUGCUUUGUGUGGUAGUGGUGAAUGGUGUUGUCCUGGGAGUGUAGUAAUCAUCACAACAAGACAUGAUGAUCUUCUUCGAGUGUGUAAACUCACAUUCAAUCUAGAAGAGAUGAAUGGGGCUGAAUCCCUUGAGCUUUUUAGCUGGCAUGCAUUCAAACAAGCAUGUCCAAAAGAAGAGUUUGUCAAGCUAUCUAAAGAUGUAGUUGAAUAUUCUAAUGGAUUGCCACUGGCUCUGGAAGUUCUUGGGUCCCAUUUGUUUAAUAUGGGAAUAAAAGAGUGGCAAAGUGCAUUGAAUACUCUGAAAUCAAUUCCCCCUGAUAAAGUCCAGAAGAAACUACAAAUAAGUUUUGAUGGUUUAAGUAAGAAUUAUGAAAAGGAAAUAUUCCUUGACAUUGCAUGCUUUUUUAUUGGGAUGGAUCGAAAUGAUGUUGUGAAGAUAUUAAAUGGUUGUGGACUCCAUGCAGAAAUUGGAAUCAGUGCCCUCAAAGAGCGAAACCUUGUAACUGUUGAUAACAAUAAUAUGCUUGGAAUGCAUGACUUGUUAAGAGAUAUGGGAAGAGCAAUAAUUUGUGAGCAAACACCUGAACUUGAAGAGCGAAGUAGAUUAUGGUACGAUGAGAAAGUGCUUGAACUAUUAGAGAAUCAUGAGGGAACAGAGUUAAAGGCUAAGGGAUUGAGUUUGAAGUUGCCAAUGACCAAUUAUUUGUUUGAGUAAAGAAGCAUUAAGAAUAUGACUAAACUUAAAUUGCUUCAACUCGCCGGUGUACAACCUAAUAGAGAGUUCAAACAUGCCAUGGAGUUCAAGCAUUCAAGAUAUCUUAGAUGGAUGAGUUGGCAUGGAUUUUCUUUGAGACACACUCCCAUAGACUGCUAUCAACCAAAUUUAAUUUCCAUUGAGUUAGAAAACAGCAAACUCAGAGUUCUGUGGAAGAGGUCCCCGUUGUUGAAGCAGCUGAAGAUUUUAAAUCUUAGUCAUUCACAUGACUUGAUCAAAACCCCAGAUUUUUCAUACCUACCUAAUCUUGAGAAGUUAGUACUCAAGGAUUGUACAGAGUUGUCUUCGAUUUCGUAUACCAUUGGAACUCUAAAAAACAUCCUUCAUAUCAAUAUAGAAGGUUGUACAAACCUUUCUGUACUUCCAAGAAGCAUAUACAAGUUGACAUCUCUUGAAACUCUCCUCCUCUCUGGGUGUUCAAAGAUUGAUAAGUUAGAAGAAGAUGUGGAACAAAUGGAAUCUUUGGCAGUGCUAAAAGCUGAUAACACUGCCAUAGCACAAGUGCCCGGUGCGCUAGCAAGAUUAAGAAACCUUGGACAUGUUUCUUUGUGUGGCUAUGAAGGAUUGGCAUGUGAUGUGAUUCCUUUAAUUAUGUUUUGGUUAUGGACUUCACCAAAUAAUAUGUUGUCGUCAGUUAUACAAAAAUGUUCAUCAAAUGUUUUCACUUAUGCAAAUUGGGGUCCACGGCUUCAGAUAAAAGGAGAUGUAUCUUUGGAUACUGACAAUGUGUCAACUUGCAAUGAAUUGGUGAUGCAUAUUUCUGAAUCAAAAUCUUCUUUGAAUUCCCUUUUGACUCAAAUGGGGGUGGACAAUUCAUUUACAGAGAUACUUCAAAAGACCAUUUCACAGCAGAUGCAUGAUCCAGAUGCAGUUAGUGACAUGAUAUACCAGUAUGCCAUUGCUCAAGAUGAGUUUACAAAGAACGAGAACCUCAUCAUGGACGUCUCUGGAAACUUCCUAACCCGUGCAGAGGCUGCCGCAGCAGCACCUGGUUCUUGGAUAGUUAACAACUUGCUUCACUUUGCAUCUAUGUUUUUGAACACGAAGGGUAGCGACGUGAGAAUGAGAGAAUGCUAUUGCCUUAGUCCAUAUAUCAUGGAAUCUCUAGCAAGCAAAUUUGAAGAGUUUUUGGCCGGCGAGUACUUCCAUUUGAAUUCCAUUAUUGGCGACAACCCAUAUUGGAAAGAAAACAAUAUAAGGGAUCAAAACCUGCUUAUGGGGGCCAUUUUGUGGAAGCACCAUUGGUGGUGUUAUGCACUAGAUAGGUCACAGAAGAAAUUGUACGUGCUCGACUCAAUACACUGUGAGCCACCAAACGAGGAUAGCAGGAAGUUGGAUAAGCUUGUGUCGUUAAGGUUGGAAGAGUUGCUUGAAGUAGUAGACCCAAAGUAUAAAGUCUCCAACAAGGGAUUCUCCAUAGUAUAUGCAGACGUACCAAAGCAGAGCAACGGGUAUGACUGUGGUGUUUACUCGUACAAAUACAUGGAGCUAUGGAACGUUGGCAAACCUUUCAUUUCCCUUAAUACACUGAGGAACAAUGUAGAAUUUUUCGCAGGGAUAUUGUAAGCUCGUGUGUGUUGUAUGGUCAGAACCAAAUCCAAAGGAAAUUGUUGUGCCAUAUAGAGAAUUGCUUUGAAGGUCGAAUGUUAGCAGUAGAAUCCCCACUUCAGGUGAAGCUUGCAGAGGGCAGUGAUAUCUUAAAUGUUUAUGGUGUCAGAAAUAAGGCAACAGAUAAGAAUGCUACUCGUUUAGAAUGCUCCAAACAAGGUGGUUUUUACUUUAUUUCAUUAUAAAAACCUAGUGGUCUCUUCUGGUUAAUCAUAUUUUGAAUUGGUAGUCACUAUUUGUGAUCCAUUUAAGAUUUUCCAAUCAAAUGUGGAUAAGUGGAUUUUUUUUUUCUCCUA